UUGCCGCCAGUCGGGCGCAGGCGUGUGACGUAAGUUUCGGAAAUAUAAAUGUCAUUCGGUAUCUUGUGUAUCUGUAGAGAGAAUAAGUCCGAGGAAGUCAGCUGGGAGAUUAAAAAUAUUGGAAUAUUCUCUGAAACUGAUGGACAAGUGUCAACGAAUACGUGCAAGGACGAGCUGGUAGCAGAAAUCACAAAACUGCGCGUUGUUGCACGAAUAAGUCCAAAGAAGUCAGCUGGGAAUCUGGAAGAUUAAAAGUAUUUGAAUAUUCUCUGGUACUGAUUGAACAAAAUGUCAACAAACAUGUGUGAGGACAAGCUGGUAACAGAAAUCGCAGAAUUGCGCGCGUUGUUGCACGCAAAGGAAGUCCAACUGGCACGUUUGCGAAACGAAAGACAAGUUACACAGGAGUAUGGCUUGAACAAUGACGAGAUUUGCAGAUACAGUCGACAGUUGUUUUUGACAGAGAUUGGUGUGCAAGGUCAGAAGAAGAUAAAAGAUAGCUCUGUACUUAUUGUAGGAGCUGGUGGUCUUGGUUGUCCAGCAGCGUUCUAUCUUGCGUGUGCUGGUAUUGGUCACAUUGGCAUAGUUGAUUAUGAUAAUGUUGAGAUUAAUAAUCUUCACAGACAAUUAUUAUAUACAGAAGCAAACAUUGGUACUGCCAAAGUAAUUGCAGCAGCAGAAAGUAUUAAUCGGUUAAAUAGUUAUAUAAAAGUCACCCCAUAUGAAAUUCAAUUAAAUAGCAAGAAUGCUUUGGAUAUCAUAAAGAAUUAUGACAUUGUAAUAGAUGGUACGGAUAAUGUAGCAACUCGUUAUCUAUUGAAUGACGCGUGCGUCUUGAGUGGGAAGCCACUAGUUUCUGGAUCAGCAUUGAGAUUUGAAGGUCACUUGACAGUGUUUAAUUACAAUGGCCCUUGUUAUCGAUGCAUAUUUCCUGAACCACCAUCACCAGAAACUGUAACAAAUUGUGGAGAUGCAGGUGUUCUUGGCGCAGUUGUAGGAACAAUUGGUGUAUUGCAAGCGUUAGAAACAUUAAAGAUAAUACUAAAUAUGCCUGAUGUAAUUUCUGGACGACUUUUAUUAUUUGAUGGUACGGAAACUAAAUUCCACAAUGUACGCUUGCGUCCAAAGAACGCGGAUUGCGCGAUUUGCGGAGAACAUCGUGUCAUACAUGAAUUAAUAGACUAUGAAGAAUUUUGUGGUGCGAAAGCAAAUGACAAAGAGCCCAAUUUGAAUUUACUGAGGAAAGAAGAAAGAAUAUCGGUCGAGGAAUAUAACGAGAUUGUAAAAGUCAAUUCAAACCCUCAUAUACUGAUCGACGUACGUUCACCCGAAGAAUAUGAAAUUUGUCGUUUACAAGAUUCCAUUAACAUUCCUUUUACGCAACUCAGCAAGGAGCACAAUUUAAAUCUAAUAAGAAAUAAUAUAGAAAAAGUUCAAGAGGAGCAUCGUCCACUAGAUAUGUAUAUUCUGUGCAGACGCGGUAAUGAUUCGCAAAAGGCUGUACAAUACCUGAAAAACUUAUUUACCAAAGAUACUUUACAAAUAAGGGACAUAAUUGGAGUUAGACUAGUUUCUGGAUGUUUAUAGUGAGAAUCUGGUAAGCUCCUUAAUUUUUCUGCUGCCUGUUCCGGCGUUAAAUCUCUCUGCGCUUGAGCUAAGAGUUCAUAACCGACCAUGUGUUUCUUUAUCGUAGCAGAUCGUAACAAAGGUGGUAGAUAUAUUCCGUGAAAGGUCCAAUAUGGAUAAUCGUUAUUAAGGUAUGGACCCGUUGGAGCGCCUUUAAUUACAAAUCACUAAAUCAUUAUUUCAUAAUAUAUAAAUAAUGAAAAUAA